UGAGGUCACUCGAUUAAUGGAUUGAUAACGAAUAGUAUAUAAACGAUAUAUUCCACAUCUGAGACAUAUUCCUCCGAAGUUUCUUGCUGAAAACACGAUCAAAAUGGCAUUCAAAAUCGCUUGUUUGGUCUUGGCACUGUCUGUGGCUUGUCACGCCUAUCCUUACGGCUACGGCGGCGGAAGCCAAGAUGGAUUUGGAGGAGGCCAUGGAAGCCAUGGUAGCCAAGGAGAUUUUGGCGGCGGACACGGUCAUGGAAGCGAUAGCGGAUUCGGCGGGGGUCACGGAAGCCAAGGCGGAUUCGGCGGGGGUCACGGAAGCCAAGGCGGAUUCGGCGGGGGUCACGGAAGCCAAGGCGGUUUUGGCGGUGGCCAUGGAAGCCAAGGCGGAUUCGGUAACCAAGGCAGUCAAGGCGGAUUUGGCGGUGGACAUGGUCAUGGAAGCGACAGCGGAUUCGGCGGGGGUCACGGAAGCCAAGGUGGUUAUGGUGGCGGUCACGGAAGCCAAGGCGGUUUUGGCCAGGACAGCGGCUUCGGCGGCGGCCACGGACAUGGACACGGACACCAAGGAGGCUACCAAACGCACGGAUAUUAAAUUAAUUAGGAUUUUAGAAUAUUUUAAGUCAAAUAAACAUUAUUUGUAAAAAGUU